AUUGUUCUGCUCAACCACAAUGCCAACCCCCUCCUUCUCUAUGUAGCCUGCAGAAACUGAUAGAUUCUCCUAUUUUUCCAUCAUAGCACUGGCAUCUGAAUCCUUCUUCCCUGUGAUCUUUGCAAUGAUUAACCAGCAGUGUAUCCUUUGGUUGUUCUAAUCUGCUGCAUUAAUGUUGCAGUUCAGUGCCCACAGAAGACUCCAGCUUUCUUCCAGCACUGGAGACAAGCUUUGCCCUCCAUUCAGCCUCAUUGAAAGCUCUCCCCUCUUCCUGUGACAUGCAAUGUAAGUUUUCAGGCUGCCUGGAAUCUGUAGAUGGCAGCUGUCUUACUCACACUCACCUUUUUGAAUCUCAGGAAGCAGUCAGCAGGUAAAUGAUACAGGUGCAAAAUGCCACUCUUUGUGUUAGUUAUAUUGUGAUGGUGACAGUCUGCAGCUCAGUGCAGGAAGAUGUGCAGAUGUGUCUUUUAUGGGCUGGAAUUGUUAAUGACAAAUUAGCUUGAAUUUCUCAUAGAUAUUGCAUGUGUUCAAUUUCUUCAUUAUGCAGAAUAAUUUUUAUUCUUAAUACAAAAUAAUUUGAUGUCGUAAUAGAAAAUAAUUUUCUUCUUAAUACAAGAUAAUUCGAUUUGCUUUAAAUGUUUUUAAAUAUCAUUUUAAAUAUACUGUUUACAGCAUGCAUAUUCAUGUAUUUAUUAAUGCAUAUAAUGAUAGACAGACUGACAGACAGGUAGGUAGGUAGGUAGAUAGGUGAAUCUGCCACUCCAUAGAAUUACAAGGGUUGACCAAAACUGGUAUUACAUGCUGUAUAAGUGUUUCAGCUUUGUGUAACUGAACGUCUGUCCUUGUUUUAUUUUUCUCAUGUUGUAUCCCCUGCGUGCCAGCAUCAGCAGAUUUUACAAUUGCCAGGAGCCGCCAGCAUUCACCCAUUAACCAGUGGUAAUAAAACAUAUCCCAGCUUUGGAGAGGAGACUCCAAUAGGAAUCUGAAACGCAUAUGCAACAUAUCAUUGAUAAUCACCCAGACAUGGCUACUGCUCUGCUAGCUGGAGAGAAACUGAAGGAGCUGAUCCUGCCUGGGCCGCAGGACGACAGAGCGGGCUCGCUAGCUGCCCUCUUGGUGCAGCUGAAGCUUGAACUACCCUUUGACCGAGUGGUUACGAUCGGCACCGUUCUCAUUCCCAUACUCCUAGUCACUUUGGUCUUCACAAAGAACUUUGCUGGUGAGUGGAUCCUGACUUCACGUAAUUUUAUCUUCACUUAUUAAGUAUGUGCAUUAAACCCGUCACCGUAUUCAUUUUGCAGAGCGAAUCAAUAAUUUUAGGUCGGUUAUACCAUGUGAUCACAAAGGUAGAAGUCUAAUAGAUUGAAUAAGCCAUGGUGACAGUUGUACCUGUGUUGGCAAUUGACCCCUGAACUUCUGUAAGAGCCGCCAAUGCAGCAGUUGAAGUUUAUCAGAAUUUCCUGUAUUCCUGCACUGCACUGAUUAAUAAAGGGAUCUGGUUUUCAUUGAAUUCAUUAAUAAUAAUAGAUAAAGGGAACCUGAUUAAGUGUAUUUUCUCACGUCUUUAUUGAAUAUUUUGAUCCACAGCUCACUGCCUUUGUUGGAAAAUCUACGUUAACCUUUAGAUUUAGAAACUGACAUCACAUCCUUAAGCAGAAGUGACUUUAAUAUAAUAUUUUCUGUUUCUGUGAUGUGUCAUGGUGGUAUUUUCAUCCAUUUUUCAUUAUAGAACUGCUUCAAUUCAUUGAUACUUCUGAGCAGUGUUGCAUGAACUUCUCAGUGAGGUCAUUAUGACACAAUUUUACAUUUGAGCUAAGGUCAGGACCUAACCAUUCCAAAAUGCUAAUGAUAUUCUUCAGAUGUUAUAACAUUUGAAGAAUAUAAUUAGCAUUUUGGAAUGGUCAGGUCCUGACAUUAGCUCAAAUGCAAAAUUGUGUCAUAAUGACCUCACUGAGCAGUUCAUGCAAAACCGCUCAGAUUUACAUGUUUUUUGUCGAGCAUAUCAUCACAGUGAGUGACAACUCAUCCUUCAGCUCACAGAAGGACAUCCUAAUAGUGUUCUGUAGAAAUUGCUUGUAAAUGCAGAUUUUAUUCUUGAAUUAUUUCAAACCAUCUGUGUCCAAACCUGCAACCCCCCCCCCCAAAAAAAAACCCCAACAUAUCAUGCUCCUAGUAUAAUACUGAUACAACUAGGUUUUAUUGGAGUGUUCUAUUGUGAACAAACACACGGGCCACUUCAAGGACUAUAAUUUAAUUGGAAUUAAGUUGUUAUGAUGCCAGAAGAUCCCUUGCCUAAAUGGUUAAACCAUUAAAGAACGAUUUAACUUCACAGUCUUCAAUCCGCUGUCUGUCAGCUCUGUGCCUUCACCUACGUUCCAGUCUGAAGCCUCUUUUAGGAAUCUACUAAAAGGCUGAGAGUGUCAGCUGAUACUCUCAGGCAAUCAGAGGCACUUAGUCCAAAGCUUUCUGAUUGAAACCUUUCACUGGAACAGACGUGAAGGGUUAAUGUUGAUGGCACCAGAAUGAAGACCUUGAGGAGAACAGUUAGUUAAUAGUUUAACUCUUUCAGGUAACCCAGUGCCUGGGACCUCCUCACACCAUAACAACUUAACUCAUGCGUGCUACAUUUUCUCUGUUUGUAUACAACGUGCCUGACCAUUUAUUAUCAAUGGAUUCAAAACAAUAUACAUGCUAAUUAUUAUUAAAAAAAAACUGUUAUUUUUUGAAAUGUCCUGAAAAAUUUAUUUCAAUAGGCAAAUUGUAAACUAAAAAAAGAGGUGUCAUGAGCAGAGUCUGAUGGAACGAGCAGAGACGGAUUAAGAGUCCAGUGAGCCUGGUGACAAUUAUUGUGUAUAGUGCCUUAUUAUAGAAUCUUAUUGACAGAAAACAUUAAAAUAGUCAUAACUCCCAAGCAUCAUGUAUCUGGAUCCUGGAGGAGACGCACAGGAUGUACUUUAUAGGAGAUUCACAGGAUGUAAUAUAUAAAAAUACACAUAUCGUAUGCUAAUCUCUCGCUUUCAUCUCUCACCAAGCCUAUAUCCCCCAACGCCAGCAUCCUGUGAAGCAGGACUUCAUGGACGGGGUAAAAGGAGGUGGGCCUGUGAUGUGAAUCACCUCACUGACACCGCCAAAAGGGGUGGACCCGACCAGAAAGGGGCUGGUCUGCCCAAAGAAUUCGAAGGUCUGCCUGGAGUGACUGCAUGCCAGGCUGCCUGCCAAUCACGCAGGCCAACUAAGGGCGGUCUAUGCAGACAAUGCUGUUUCAGCAUCCUGAGCUUGGAUCAAAUGUGACUAAUGAUGCACUUGCUGUAUGUUUUCUUGUGUCCCUGAUGUCCCGUAACACUGCCUUGCUCACCCUUCUUCUUCCCUUCUUACUAUGAGGCAGAAGCUCCUGGUUUGUAGGCUGUGACACCGAAAAUGUAGAUGAAGUGAGUGUAGAAUUAAUGGAACAUGCCACACUGUUAGAGAAACCAAAGCAGCAAUAUCAUUUGCAUAGUGCGCAAAUUCACGGUGCGCAAAGUCAAUUUAUAGUCAGCCAGUCCACACUUACAUCCCUCCUAAGUUACGAUACAUUAAUUCCCUCUGCACAAAACAAGGGAACGUAAAGAGUAGUAAAAAGAAAUGUUUUUUUCAACAUCAUUAAAUCACAGAGAUGUGAUUUGUAAAGAAGGAAUCAUAAUUAACUAAAUACUGCUGAUUAAUUAGAACAGGGAUCUCAAGCUCUGCCCCCCAGAUAUUGAUGGCCUACAACACCCAAAAUAUUUCGAAUGCAAUAGAUGGCCAGCAAAUCAUGGGAGUUGUAGUUCAGCAAUAUUUGGGGCCGAUGUUUUAGAUGCCUGAUUUAGAAGAUCACAUUUCUUGUAUUGUUUUAUCAAAUUUAUUUAAUCCAUUAUUAUGGCCUAGAUUAUGUCAAAUCAAUGCAAAAGUACAGAUAAUUCUGUUAAUUUGCUCAACACUAGCCAGCAGGGGGCAGUAGCUUUCAGAUUUCACCCAACCUGCAUACUUUGCCUCGUCAAAACCCCAGUCUCCCUGAGGUUAACUACACUCACCCCUCUUACACAUAAACCCCUAACCCCGGCUGUUUCUUUCCUUACGUUGUUAAACCCAGGACUGGGCUGGAGGACAAGGAAUUGCUCCUGGAGGAAGUCCUACUUUCCACUCUAUUCAGACCUGAUUGACAGCAGGUUUCUAGUCUUACAUAUAAUGCUUGGGAUAGCUAAGAAAUGAUAGAGAAAAUGAUAUGUAUGAAUAAAAACGAGGGGCUGUAAUGCAGACAUUACAUAUAAUAUUAUUAUAUUUAUAUAGCGCCAACAAGUUCCGUCGCGCUGUUCAAUGGGUGGAUUAACAAACAUGUAAUUGUAACCAGUAAAGUAACACAAAAUGUAAGAGAAGUAUUAGGGAAGAUUGGUAGAACAGUAUUCAAUGAAGACUUAGUGUGCUUUUUUUUUGAGCCAUUAACAGUUUAAUUAAUAUUAUUAUUGUUAUUAUUAUUAUUUAUAAAGCGCCAACAAGUUCUGGAGCGCUGUACAAUGGGUGGACUAAGAGACACGUAUUUGUAACCAGACGAGUUAGACACAAAAAGUGAGUUUUUAAUGAUUUUUUGAAGGAGUGGAGACUAGGUAAGCUUCUAACGGAAGAGGGAAGGGAGAAUAUAUGAGAAACUACUCAUAUUUUGCAAAGACCCGGCUGCAAAGCUGACAUUACAUAUAUAACGAGCUACUCAUAUUUUGCAAAGACCCCAGAUGAUGACAGCUUUACUUCCAGUGCAUUGGCCUGUGCAUGCAGGGAAAUGUAUAUUUUACUUACCUGCUUCUGUCCCUCACAGCCAUGUCCUUCCACAAGGUCCGCAUGUUCCUGACACUCAGCAAUUCCGCUUUUAGCCUCUGACGCUCCAUGCACGUCUUGCUCCUUGUUCUUACGUCAUUCAUGACGCUGAACUCUCACACCCUGCCCCUUUAUAUAUUUGAAGUUACAGGUGCCUUUUUAUCACACAGACCUGUAACCAAUCACUACACAGUGUUCCUAGUUCCUUGACAUAUUGUGGUUUUUGUAUACCGGAGAGUGCCAUGUUAUAGUACUUAUUGCAUUUUCUGACCUUGGCUUGUGUAGACUAUUCUUGCUCUCUGUAGCCCUGACCUUGGCUUGUUUCUCGAUUCUGUCUGCCUCUGUAAUCCCUGACCUCGGCUUGCUAAAAUUUAUUCUGUGUCUGCUUGCAGACGUUCUGACUUAUUUCUCAGUGUUAACCCAACCACUCUAAGGACUGGUACGCAUACCUACCAUGUUUUAACCUAGGUUUCUGUGUUAGGUUCAGGUCAAUCCUGACACCUGACACCUGACACUACAUCUGCCAGUAGCCAACAUCAGCACUGUACUCUCGCGCAUGCACAAGAAUACAAUACUGAUGUCUAUGGACGAUCCCAUGAGUCAUCCAUAAACAGAGCCAUUUUUGUGAUGACUGAGGGCGUGACAAAGCUUGACAGAGGUAGCUCCACCAUUUGUCAAGUCCCUGCUUUGUCUUAUGAUAUCUUUUUAACUGUGUUUUGGUGAAAUCCCAGAACAGUCUUUAUGAGCAUUUCAUAAAGAUUCUAUCUUUGGGAGUGGGAGUGAAAAAGCCGCUUUAAUUCUGUAAUGUGACUAAUUAAUGAGGAGGAAGUUAUCCUCAGUGACACAUUAAAACUAAUUGCUGUAUCAUAUAGUCACAUAAAAGAAACUUUUUUUAAAUCUGGGCCCUGUCUUUUAUGUUGGGAAGUCUGUGGGUCCCUGUCGAGUGCACUAGAUCCUCGUAGCUGCGUUAUAUAAUGACAUCCCUCAAAAAAGUAUCACUAACUCUUUAUAUAUCAAUAUUAUAUCCAUAUGUGAAGGGGCUUGUUUUGUAUCUAACAGUGGUUUUUGCGUUAUAUAUUGUGCAGAAUACUGUUUUUCUUCUUAAUUUAUAUUGUUUGUAUGCAGAUUUAUUGUACUUACUAUAAGAUCUUAUACUAUAUUUAUAAUAUUUAUCUGAAUAGGAUACAGCUUCCAAAAAAGCUUGUAGUUAUGUGAUUGUAGUCACUGUACUAAGGACAAAUAAACACAAUCUGGAAACUUAAAGGACCAUUAUAGUGUCAGGAAAACAAACUUGUUUUCCUGACACUAAAUAAUCCUUAGGUCCCCCCCCCCUCAGGGCCCCCCUCCCACUGGGGUCAAGGGGUUUAAACCACUUCCUUUUAUUCAGCGCCGGGCCCCCUCGGUGCUGGUGACCUUUCCUCGCCCUCCGACUUCAGCUCCCAAGUGGAGCUGAAAGUGCAUGCGCGGCAAGAGACGUGGAUGCAUUAAAAACUCCCAUAGGAAAGCAUUUCUCAAUGCUUUCCUAUGGACGUUCUGCGUGCUCAAUGCGAUUUUUGCAAUGGGGGUCGGGGAAGCGCCUCUAGCGGCUGUCAGGAAGACUAGAGUCUGGAUUAACCCUGCAAUGUAAACAUAGCAGUUUCUUUGAAACUGCUAUGAUUACAGCUGCAGGGUUAAAACCUGGGGGACCUGGCACUCAGACCACUUCAUUGAGCUGAAGUGGUCUAGGUGACUAUAGUGGUCCUUUAAAUUGAGUGAUAAGAUCAUAAAGGUCAUGUUUAUUUUGUGAUACAUAGUUUCCUUAACCAGCUGUCAUGUAGGCGUAUAAACCACUCAAGGCAUCAUAAGGUCAUUUUAAAUAUUACAUCAAGAGAACUUCAUUAAUAGCUAAUCACAGUAAUAAUUUAUUUCUGCUUUAGCAGAUGCUUGUGGAUUUAAUCAGUAAAUAGCUGUAAUGAUAAAUGUUGGUAUUUCUGAUAUCUGUAUUUAUCUACACAUGCUUAGUGUUGGAUUUUAAAUUUUUACAAAGAGUGCUAGAUUUAAUUACAAUUGAUUUUCUGUGUUUUUUUUUGUUUGUUUUUUAUGGAACACUUUAAGCGCCGUAACUAAUACAGUGUCCUGUAGUGGUUAUGGUGCGCUGGUUCCACCCGAUAUAAGUAGUGCUGAGCUAAGCCCUGCCAAUGAGAUAAUCCCUGCACUGCCAGGCUUAGCUUGGGCAGAGAGUUUCCGGCGGGUAGGAGGAUGCAGAGGAGGCAGGAAGCUGCAACCAGCGGACCCCAGGUAACAAGUCAAACUGUUGGUUAACUACUUACCUAGGGAAGGAGCAUGGCAGUGCACAAAAGUGGUUAUGGUGAUUGGAGUGUUCCUUUAAGAUAAUAAUGAUUACAAUAUGGGAGAUCCAGUCUUCGGUUAGUAGAUAUACUUGGAGUAUGGCUAUUAUUUCUGUGUAAAUUUUGAAAUUCUCAGCAUUUGUCAUAUAUUUUAUAAUGAAUAUUUUUCUUUUUUUCAAAACAAGGUUUUUUUAUGUUGGUAUAGAAAUUAUGUUCCCUAUUGGUAUAGAAAUUAUGCUCGCCGCACAUUCCCAGGAACCCACAUGGUAACUAUACUGGGCAUGUGCAACAGAGGAUGGAGAUUAUAGAUGAGGGACAAGACAGGCAACUGAGUUUUAUGAGAAUAUUAAACUUGAUUGUUCAAACUUGUUUGAACACUCUUUGUUAAGAUAUGUCAAGCACAGGAAAAAAAACACAAGGCAAAAUAGCUCAUAAAAGAAAAGAAAAGAAAAGAAAAGGAAAACAGAUUUGGAAAGAGGAAGAGAAGUGGAUAAGAUUGGAGAAAGGUAAGUUUGGGGCGACAGAGCAGCUUUAAAGCAGCUAACAGUUCAGUGUAACAGAUUUGUGUAAGAAAGCUACUGAGACUCAAUUUGUACAUGCUCACAGCUGGGGCUCAGGUUAUAUAAUGGUCCAUUUUCAAACAGGAGGAAUGAUUUCAGAUGAUGUGAUGCUAAAGUGUUGUUCGGAAUACCUAUUUCUCAAUAUCAUCUAAAUGCCUUUGUUACAAAUAAACUGUUGCUUUUACAGAACUUUAAGGAAGCAGAUAUAGUAAACAUUUAGUAAUUUAAAUACAAUUAUCAUUAAAUGGCCAAGGGCUCUGAUUAAUAUGGAGAGCACUUCAAGUGGCAGGCAGUAAGUGAACAGUAUGGAACAGUGUUUACAACAAGCCUCCUGCUAAGAGCGGACAAAUGUUGGUAUCGGUGAAAUUGCAUUAGAUUGCUGAGUAAAUAGUUUUUUUUACAUCUUUGUUUUUUUUCUUUCUUAUACUUUGGAUGUUAUUGAAUUUGUAGAAUGUGAUCUGAGCAGACUAAUCUCAUAUUUACAAAUACAACAUUCAAUGGCAUCGUGUGACAUUUGAUGGCAUGCAAAAACCAACAUGAAGACAAGAGCACGCCACUGUGUAUACAGACACAGGUAAGCCAACAUGCACACUUACUAACAUUGUACACACACAGGCAAGCCAACAUACACACUUACUGACAUUGGACUCACACAGGCACGCCCACAUACACACUUACUGACAUUGUACACACAUAGGCACACCAACAUACACACACAUGCUGACAUUAUACACACACAGAGAAACCAACAUACACACACUUACUGACAUUUUACACACACAGAGAAACCAACAUACACACACUUACUGACAUUUUACACACACAGAGAAACCAACAUACACACGCUUACUGACAUUGUACACACACAGAGAAACCUUCAUACACACUUACUGACAUUGUACACACACAGAGAAACCAACAUACACACUUACUGACAUUGUACGCACACAGGCACACCAACAUACACAAUUACUGACAUUGUACACACACAGGCACACCAACAUACACACUUACUGACAUUGCAUGCACACAGCAACACCAACAUACACAAUUACUGACAUUGUACACACACAGGCACACCAAUAUACACACUUACUGACAUUGCAUGCACACAGCAACACCAACAUACACAAUUACUGACAUUGUACACACACAGGCACACCAACAUACACACUUACUGACAUUGCAUGCACACAGCAACACCAACAUACACAAUUACUGACAUUGUACACAUGCACCCACAAUAAAAUCUGGAUUGGAAGCCUGGUGUUAGGGUUGGUUGAUGGAAUGUUCAUUGAAAGAGCUAAUGUGUUUUAUUUCUUCAGCUUCUGUAUUUUUUUCUUCAUGUAGCAACUUGCUUCCAAAGAAAAUGCAUUAGAAUGCUUACAUUUUUAGCAUACAGCUUUAAGUUUAUUGGCUUCUGAAAAGGCUGGGAGGAAAGUUAGGAGAGAAGAAUAAUGAUUUGGAUUCAUAACCUAUUCAGAGACCUGCAGAAAAAAAGAAUAGGAGUUUAAUCUGUGUCUCCCAGAUGUACAACAAGGACAAAACAAUUCAGCUUCCCGAAAUAAGUCAAAGCUUCAUUUGCAUGUUUAUUUACUAUUAGUAUUAUUCACUGAAUUGUAGGGAAUUUAAUGUGAGUUAAAAAAAAUGUAGGCCAAACUGAAAAUAUAGCUAAAUUGGAGAUUUUUACCAAUCCAGCUAUUUUGGUCUAAAAUUUCACUUUUAACUCCUGACAAUUCACAGUUUAGUGAAUAUCAUGCAACUAAUAUAUACUCCAUGAAAUAGCAGAUUUCUGUUUCUUUAAGUGAAAUAACCUCUUACUGUUGCAUUAAUCAGUGUGAUAUUGCACAUGGCAUUUUUUUCUUGCAACAUUCUCUUCCCAGUAGUUUGCCAAAGGGUCCUUUAACAGAAUGCGGCAGAUGCGAAGCAUGGAACUAUACCUUAUAUUUGCCAUAUACUGCAAAUAUAGGACUCCCAAAAGUCCAGCUUUUGGAGGGACAGUCCCAAUUUCCAGGUAAUGUCUCGCCAUCCUGCUUAAGUUCCCUGGUAUCCUGCGCUAACGCUGUACAGCAGGCACUAAGACCAUACAGAGAGCGCUUUAGCAGCACUCCAUUCGUGGUCCUGAAGGCUGUGGGUCGGUAAGACAGACUGACAGUUGGCGGGCCAUUGAUGUACCAAUUGUGGGGAUAUAUACAAAUAUAUAUGUUUUACUUUCAAGGGCCACUAAAGGCACCAAGACCACUUAAUCAAUAUGAUCUUGGUGCAGUAUACCUUUAGUUUUAAGCAUGAGAUCUAAAACAUUGCUGUUAAGUAGAUACAGCAGUGCUUACAUUGCAAGGUAAAACACACCUCUACUGACAGUGUUUCUGACUCCCACUAGAAGCACUUGCACUGAAUAACAGAGUCAGACUUGGAAAUUCAAUUCGAUUUUGUUUUUUAUUUUGAUUUGGCGCAACGCUGCAUUUUGAUUGGCGCAGCGCUGCAUUUUGCUGCGCAUGCACUCUAGCAUCUCUUAGAAAUGUCACCAGCACUGCCUCAGUCACUCUCGGUAGUCACUUGUAAAUAGCUCCACACUCACCCUGCUCUGGCAGCUUGGUCCACCCCGAUACUGCAGUCCAGUGGGAAAUUUACCACGGGGUCAGGUCUUGAGGCCAUUAAAAGCACAGACCACCAGCCCAUGCACAGGCCAACUCAGUGCGUGCUGGUAGACACCCUCCACACUCCCUGCUGCUGCCUCACUCCAACACACCUCCUGCUAUUUUCAAAAUGAUGGUUUGAGGCUGCAGAAGAAUGUUUGUUUUAAAUAUCCCAUUUGCUGGGCCUGCUCAGCUUUGUCAGGUUAAUGCUGAGGUCCAAUGUAGCCCAUGUAUUUUAUUUUUUACUUCAUUUUAUUUUGCCCUUUUAGCAAAGGGUAGAGGUGGUAUUACUUAAUGGUAUGCCAGGGUUACUUAGUCUCAAGCUCAGUAAUUCAGACACCAGGGGAUGCCCAAUCUCCUGGUCCUAAUACUGUGAGGAACAAAGAUUCCACAAAUACUGGGGCCAUAAUCCUAUUUAUCCCUCAUCCCAGUUAGAGGUCCUGUGGUUUGUCCCUGCCCCACUAUUCUUGGCUGUAACAGGUUUAAGUUACAGAUAUUUAGGAGAGUUGUACCAGCAUAGUGAGGUUUGUAGGAGAUGUUUACAUUUCUUAAUGGAGGUUUUUCACCCAUUUUGAUCCAUACCAAGCUGAGACAGAUUAUUUUGACUUUUUUUGUUUUGUUUUUGUUUUGUUUGUGUGUUAACAUCAUUUAGUAGAGUGCAUUAAAUGGGGAAAUAAUAAUUUAAUUUCAUAUUAUUGCCAACACGUGACUGUAAAUGAACAUAAUAAUAAUAAUAAUACAGAAAGUUACCCCUGCCAAUUUCAAGCUCUGAAUGAACUACAAAUCCCUUAAUUAUUCUGGCCAUCUAUUGCAUUCAGAGAAUUUUGGGAAAUGUAGGCCAUUAGCAUCUGGAGGGGUUGAGAAACCCGCUGUAAAUAAUGCACUAAAAAUGUAUGCAAAAAAAAAGUCUUACUUUUAAAGUUCCUUAAAGAGGUACUAUAGUCAGUUGCCUCAAUGACGUGCUGUAUGCUUUGUCCCUGCCCUCUUAAUCCGGUUUUUAUUUAGAAGCUGCACUGUUUACAUUGCAGGGUUAAAUCCGCCUCUAGUGGCUGUCAGUGUGGCAACCUUCAGAGGCACUUCUGCGGUACUAAUUAAGUAAAACGUGGUCACUUGAUGCGAAAGCUCCAUAGAAAAGCAUUGACACUCACCACACAAGCGCAUAAGGCCCCCAUUGCUCCUUUUCCACGAAGGUGUUGGGGGGAGGGGAAGGGAGAGGUGAACAGCUGGGAAAAUGUGACUAAAUCUUUAACCUUUUUAUUUUAAUUUUACUGCAUUUUGUGGGAGGACCCUAAUACAAGCAGGGAUAGGGACACUAGAGCAUUAGGAAUACAGAAUUUUAUUCCCAAGGCUAUAGCGUUCCUUUAAAUUGCAGCAAUUACACUGCCCUGCAAGGAAGAGACUCCAUAAAAGGCCUUUCUAAUCUAUAAUUUAAACUCUUGUCCAACGGGGGAUUAUGGGAUAUGGUUUAUACACCGACACACAGGAUGAGAGAAGCUUCUUGAUACUCUGAUAACAGCCUAUUUAAAGCUGCUUUGUCAUGUGCCCUUUCCCUAUUGGUAUAGAAAUUAUGCUCGCCGCACAUUCCCAGGAACCCACAUGGUAACUAUACUGGGCAUAUGCAACAGAGGAUGGAGAUUAUAGAUGAGGGACAAAACAGGCAACUGAGUUUUAUGAGAAUAUUAAACUUGAUUGUUCAAACUUGUUUGAACACUCUUUGUUAAGAUAUGUCAAGCACAGGAAAAAAACACAAGGCAAAAUAGCUCAUAAAAGAAAAGAAAAGGAAAACAGAUUCGGAAAGAGGAAGAGAAGUGGAUAAGAUUGGAGAAAGGUAAGUUUGGGGCGACAGAGCAGCUUUAAAGCAGCUAACAGUUCAGUGUAACAGAUUUGUGUAAGAAAACUACGGAGACUCAAUUUGUACAUGCCCACAGCUGGGGCUCAGGCUAUAUAAUGGUCCAUUUUCAAACGGGAGGAAUGAUUUCAGAUGAUGUAAUGUUCAAGUGUUGUUCGGAAUACCUAUUUCUCAAUAUCAUCUAAAUGCCUUUGUUACAAAUAAACUGUUGCUUUUACAGAACUUUAAGGAAACAGAUAUAGUAACAAUUUAGUAAUAUAAAUACAAUUAUCAUUAAAUGGCCAAGGGCUCUGAUUAAUAUGGAGAGCACUUCAAGUGGCAGGCAGUAAGUGAACCUAUUUGUUCAAAGGAUCAUGUUGAGCACCCCACAAUAAGUUUGAAUUAUUACAUGGGUUUAUAUUAUAAAUAUGUUAAAGGGACACUAUGGGCACCCAGACCACUUCAUCCUAAUAAACUGGUCUGGGUGCCACGUCCCUGCCACUUCAUCUUAAUAAAGUGGUCUAGGUGCCACGUCCCUGUCUGUGUAAGCCAGUAAUGUAAAAUGGCAUUGCUUGCCUUGCAGGGUCUAACUGUCUCCAGUGGCAACCAGGUGUCCACUCCCCACCCCCCACCAAGUAAAAAAGCAAUUUUACUUACCUUGCUUCCAUCACAACUUAGUCCCAAGAAAGAACCAGUUAGGUCUGCAAACAGCAAUAGUAGCCAAAGUAACUUGGUACCUGGGUAACUUCAAGACUCAGGAUUUGUGUAGGAAGCCAUAUCCAGUAGGGGUAAGCCCAGCUGAGAAUACACAUUAUUUACUAAAGUGAGUAUUCAAAGUGAAAUGGCCAAAGUUCCCAAACUGAAAGCGCAGCUGACUUUUUUUUCCAGUUCAGCUAUUUUGAUCCCAAUGAACUGAUCUAAGGGGGCAGUGUCCAUUAUUAAGUCUGCAAUGCAAAUGUUUUUUAUGACAUAAUGAUAGCCACCAGAGACGAUUCCGCUGCAAUGAACGAGUAAAACUCUUUCACGUGACGCACGUGAAGCCCUAUAGAAAACCAAGGAAUACAAUGCUUUCCAAUGGGGAAGCUUGAAUGCACGCAUGCGCAUCAGGUCCUCUAUACAGAACUUGGGACAGAUAGCGUUAGGAAUACAGGUUUUCAUUCCUAACGCUGUAGUGUUCCUUUAAAUUUGAAAUUCACUUUGAAUUCUCAGUUUAGUAAAUAACCCACUAAAAUAUAGAAAACCUCAAAGUAGGUGAAAAAGUGAAAUUAAAUAUCUUCUCAUCCACAAAACUACUCACAUUGGGUUCAGUACCUCUAUAAAUAAAAGCAUGUAGCUUGCAAGUGCAGUAGUACUUUCGUCCCUAAACUGGGAUUUUAUCAAGAUAAUGGACUCAUCAUUUAACAUUGUGCUAUAAUGCAAAUAAAAAUGACCCUGUGUAUACACAGGGUUGGGGGUAGAGAGAUAAUAUGCAGAUCAGAAUAUUUAUUGUAUUGGUUUUGCAUAACUAUUUUGAAAAAGCAGGACAAUUACAUGGCAUAAUUUGCCUUGGGAUUCCAUGUGCACCCAACAUGUUCUAUGGUGAAAUGUCGCAAUGAAAAGGAUUGCAAAUCUGUUACCAGCUUCAGGCAUCUACCUUGUGAGAACCACAAACAGCAUUAAUAAAGUAAAUAUAUAUUUAUUUUUCUACCUCCAGAAGAAUGUUUAACAGAUGGCUUAUUUCUCUUGUGUCUGCAUUAUUUGUUGAAGCAACAUAUUCCUCUGUGACGUUUUUCCAUGUACAGACUAGAAAUUUAAUGUUAGACCAUCUGUGCCCUGUUCCAAUUAGAUAUUGGCUAAAUGACCAUUUUGUAAUCUGUAACGGCACGCACACUGCAAAAUUGUUCAUUAUGUGUCAUGCUUAUUAAAGGGACACCAUAAGAUCUAGAGUAAUACAUGCUACUGUAACAAUAUUCCUCAUUGCAAAGGUUAUGGAACUUAGAGCUCCUGUUGUACUGUGUCUAUACAUUCAGUUGCUGCAAUUUUAAAGGACAAUCUGUGUACCAUAACCACUACAGCUGGGUUUAGUGUUUAUAAUGCCCUCUUUUUCAGCAGUCUUGAUUGUGCCAAAAUUUCACUUACUAUUAAUAUCAGUUCUGUCCAACAUGGGUGGUAAUGAUAUUCUAAAAACAUUGGGGGAGGUUUAGUGCAGUGCUUGGCUUAGAAUCGCCUUUUAGGUUGUAUUUAUAUUGAUAAUAUGGAAGUGUAAGUUAGACGUUCUCAAGGCGGUAGAAUAAAGCUUUUUCUAUGACUACCAGAGAGAGUGCCAAAACAGUUUGACCUAUAUAUUAGUAACAUAGACUGGGCAGUAGUGGUUAUGGUGCUUUGAAUGCCUCCUUAUCAUCUGUGACUAAUUUAGAUUACCUAUAUUUUAUAGAGUUUAUAUAUAUAUAUAAUCACCCCAAUAAAUAUCUUUUGUCUUAUCAUUAUGCAUGCACAAACCCAAACAGUGGUAUUUAUGUUUUACGUUAUUGUCAAUAAAGUUGCAUUAACACUUUCUCACACCCUUUAGUUUAUAGUGUAUUAAAUGCUUAAAGGUAAAACAUUGUUUUUGUUUCUCAUUUUCCACUAACUAUAUUCAAUGGCAGAAAAGGGCAACACUUAUAACAAUGAUUGACAGGGAGUUAAAAUCGGGAUGCCCUGUUCCAGGAUAGAGUGUGGAUUUGUACAUUACAUUUUAUUUUUCACCUCACAAACACAUUUGUCAAAGGAAAACUAUAGGCUAGUAACACAAAAUCGCAUGCCCCUCACCUGUAAUGAUGAAAGAGUUAAAAACCCUUACCUUGUCACUUACCUAAAUCCAGUGCUUUUGUCCCUCGGUGCUGGGUUAGGCUCCACCUUCACUCCUCCUCCCCUGACUUCGGCCGACAUUGGGGACCUAAUACGCAUGCGUGGUGAUCCCCGCAAUCGUAUUCGAAUAACCCUAUAGGAUAGCAUUGAUUCAAUGCUCUCGUACAGGGUUUUAGCUGACACUGGAUGUCCUCAUGCAUAGUGUGAGGACGUCCAGGCUCAGUUAUGUGACCAAAAUUUGCCUAACAAGCCGGAAGCGUCUCUAGUGGCUGUCUGGUAGUCAACUACUAGAGGUGGAGUUAACCCUGCAAAGGUCAUUGUUGGAGUUUCUCAAUAACUGCAAUAACUACAAUUGCAGGGCUAAACUGACAGGGACAGUGGUCUGGCUGCCUAUAAUGUCCCUUUAAAUAUAGGGGAUAGGUAAAUAUGUGAAAUCGUGAGAAGUGACAGUUCCCCUUUAAUAGUUUAAUGAAAUGGCAUGUACAUUUAAGUAACAUGAUUUACAUAAUUAUUCCCUGUAAUGUUGGAGAUUGACUGGGUCUGGUAGCAGUACGAAAUGGGAUAGGAUGCAGGUGCUGCUGAAGUGAUGUGGAUACAGGCUCAGAGGCCCCUGUAAUCAGCUCUGCUAACAUAAAAUAGUGCCUGAUUUUUAAGUAGAUGUAAAACAAUUAAAAAGAUCAAAAACAAACCAGGAAAGCACAAUCUUCACAUAGAUUUAGGGAAUUAGUAAAAAGUGAUUUAUUGCAGCUAUGCCUUCAGAUCCACAAUAAGGCAUAAAGGUUUAAAGAAACAAAGCAUUGGAUUUUGUUAGGGCUUAAAUUGAUAUCUUUUCUGCUUUUUUUAAUAUAAUGCAAAUCACUGCAUUUGAUCUUUGGAUUGGUCAAAAAGAAAAAAGCAAUUAAGUAGUGAUGGUAGGCGAUUACUAAUUAUUAAAUUUUUUUGGCCAAAAUGCUUUUUUAUAAUAUACUACAAGCCAAAAAUUCUAUCAUUUUAAAUAUAUUUAUUUUUCAGAGCUUCUUUUGUAGGUUAAAACCACAGCAGUGACUUUUCUCUCUGUUAUGCAGAGGAGCCUAUAUAUUGCUAUACACCCCACAACUUCACCCGUGAUCAAGCCUUGUAUGCAAGAGGAUAUUGCUGGACUGAACUUAAAGAUGCACUUCCGGGAGUGAACGCCAGUCAGUGGUCUUCAUUGUUUGAGCACAAGUUUCUCCCUUAUGCUCUCCUGGCAUUUGCUGGGAUAAUGUACAUUCCUGCCCUCGGCUGGGAGUUCCUUGCCUCAACGAGAUUGACCUCAGAACUGAACUUUCUGCUUCAAGAAAUUGAUAAUUGCUACCAUCGAGCAGCUGAGGGUAGGGCCCCCAAAAUAGAGAAACAAAUUCAAUCCAAGGGACCGGGUAUCACAGAAAGAGAAAAGAGGGAGAUAAUCGAAAACGCGGAGAAAGAGAAAAGCCCUGAGCAGAAUCUUUUUGAAAAGUAUCUUGAAAGAAGGGGACGAAGUAACUUUUUGGCCAAACUUUACUUGGCAAGACAUUUGCUCAUAAUAUUUUUAAGCAUCAUACCCAUUACAUAUUUAAGUACCUAUUAUGCAACUCAAAAGCAGAAUGAAUUCACCUGUGCUCUGGGGGAGCCCCAUCAUAAAACCAGCAACUCAAAGCACCUUAUAUGGGUGAAUUGUAAGCUGCCAUCUGUUCAGCUCCAAAGAAUCAUUGCUUCAGUGGACAUUUUUCUUCUCAGUUUGAUGAACCUGAUCAUCCUCAUCAAUUUAAUCCACCUGUUUAUCGUUCGGAAGUCCAACUUCAUUUUUGACAAGCUCAAUAAGGUUGGCAUAAAAACAAAGAAACAAUGGCAAAAAUCCCAGUUUUGCGAUAUCAAUAUUCUCGCCAUGUUUUGCAAUGAAAAUCGUGACCAUAUCAAGUCCCUUAAUCGCCUGGAUUUCAUCACAAAUGAAAGUGACUUGAUGUACGACAAUGUGGUUCGCCAAUUGCUUGCAGCGCUGGCCCAGUCUAAUUACGAUACGACGCCAACCAUGCGUGAUUCAGGGAUGCAAACGGUAGAUCCCAGCGCUGAUCCGGCAGAUAUAGAUGUCAACGAACAGCUUGUCAUUAAACGUCCUAGGAAGAAAAUGAAAUGGAUUCCAAGUAGCAAUCCCUUACCCCAACCCUUUAAGGAACAAAUAGCCAUAAUGAAGACUGAAAAUAGCAAACCUGACAAGCCUAAACCUAUGAGACGGAAAACUGCAACAGACAGCUUGAUAGCACCCCUCAUUGAGACUUCAUCCAAAUCCUCUACACAGUCACCGCAGAAAAUGGAUACAAGCACCAUCACUAUUGACAACGGCGAUAAAAAACAUGCUAGGCACUUCUCGCUAGAUGUCCACCCAUACGUUCUAAGCAAUAAAAAAACCAAAUCAGAAGCACUGGACAAUGCUCCUAUUGCCACAUCGGAAAGCCAAGAAAGCGGUUUCCUGAAUCAAGAAGAUAGUGUGAUUGUCCACGUCUCAUCAUCUGUGAAAGGUAAGUCACCUUCCUCUUGUUUUCAUAUUGCCAUAGGCUCAACCUCUAUUAAUCAGUGGUACAAAUGCAAAGUUAUCAAGCCCUGUAAAUAUUUUGUCACAGGUACAAUGUACAAAGGUUCCACCCUCUCCUCCAUCCCUUCUUACUUUUCUCUUCCAUUGCUUUUCUUCUUCCACAUGGACUAAUUUUACUUGACCCUUUUUUGUUCUGUUUCUGUGCUCCAAAUAAUGGCUGAAGUCAGUCAGUGAGUGGAUUGUUGUUCACCUAUAAUCAGUGUAUAGUUUACUUUUAUGUAUAUUUUGAUUAUUAACAUAACAUAACUUAACAUAUUGUACUUUGCUGCUAUUACUUCUUGAAACCAUCAAUAUAUUUUAUUGAUUACAAAAGAAAAAAACACAAAACGAUUUCAUAAGAGACCAAAAUUUAAAAGUAAAAAAAAUAAAUAGGAUUUGGGUUCAUGAAUAUACAUAGUUACAUAAUUACAAAGCUGAAAAGAGACAUUAAGUUCAGCAUUCCUCAUGUUUGUUUUUGCUGUUGAAUCAAAAGAAGACAAACUUCCAGUCUAAAGUACUUCCUAGCAAACUAGGAAAACAUAUUUAUUGACCCCAGAAUUUUUUUAAAUUGCUGAUAGAAGGGCUCUUCUCAAACAUGCCAACUUGUCCAUCCUCAUUUGUGGUGAUUUUCGUCACCAUCUGGUUAUCAAUGUAUUCUCCUGCAUGAGCAUGAAUACAAGCUGGCCUUCUGCCAAAGACCUUGUUGGAUGGCCGAUGUCAAUAUUUGUCUGUAUUUAGAGGCCAGGAUCAUCCUGCAUAUGUACAUUUCAUUAAAAUUGCGAAUUGAAAUGCUAGAACUAACAACCUGGAAUGGUUCACUCAGGAAAAACAUUGAAAGUAAACACGGAAGUAAAACUGUUUAAAAUAGGUUUUACUAUAUGCAUUUUGACCAGCUUGACUUAUAAAAUCCUGCUUGUCCUUCUUUUGAUUUGCCUGCAGUAUGCUGCUACAUCUUUUUAUUCAAUGCAUAUUAGAUGCUAUUUUGUAAUGUUACUCGAGGAAUAAACAGAACGAAAAACAGCAGAUGACAGAUCUACUUUAAGGUGCCCCGAGAGAGGAUUUUGUAUUUAUGGGUUGCUACUGCUUAAAGGGACACUGCAGUCACCAGAACAGCUACAGCUUAUUGCAUUUGUUCUUGUGAGUCUAAUCAGAGAAAAUGCAGUGUUUAGAUUACAGCUUAGUGAUAACUCCACUGGCCACUCCUCAGUUUACUACUAGAGGUGCUUUCUGGGGCAGUGUUGCACAGUGAGUUCACUGCCAUUCAGUAUCUCCUCCCUCUGCAUGCAGACACUGAACUUUUCUCAUAGAGAUACAUCGAUUCAAUUAAUCUCUAUGAGGAGAUGCUGAUUGGUGGAGCUGUGUUUGACUUGUGCUGUCUCUGCCCCUGAUCUGCCUCCUUGACAGUCUCAGCCAAUCCUAUGGGGAAGCAUUGUGACUAGCUCAGACCACCACUUCUGAUGAUGUCAGCAAACAGCAGGCAGAUCAGAUACAGACGGGGCAGAGCCAGCAGCUGCAGACUAACAUUUAACUAUAUUUAGGGAGGCACGAGAACAUGUUCUAAAAGUAAAUAAAUAAAUGGAAGGUAACUGAAAUUAUACGGAAUAUAAGGAAAAUAAUUUUUAUAAUCAGAUAAAUUCACAAUAGGCUGCUUCACAACACAAUGAUGAGCGACUGAUAGAAAGAAGACAAAUAUAAUAAGGGUGUGUGUGAGCGCUCCAAAAUAACCCUAGACACGUACCAAUUAGGGAAAAGUGAUAAACCACUUAUGUAUACACUAUAAAUUUCAUUUGGAUAAUACAGUAAAUAAAUCAGUUUGUGUCUGCUGACAAUUAUCUCUCAAAGAUAAAUAAAUGAGAGAGAGAAUCAGUUCAAAAGUUAGUAUUCAAUCCAAUAAAUUCAAUAAAUAAUUGCACACUAUAUAAACUUAAUAGAAUAAAAUCAGCAAAUGAAUUAAUCACGGUAAAUAAUGCAUAAAACCGUCUAGACUAUUAUAAAAAUAGGCAAAAAUGCAUUUAUUAAUCUAUAAAAAGUGUACUAAAAGAUAUGGAUCAUAAUAACGCAAUACACAUCAAUCACUGAUAAAUAAAUAUCGGUCUAAUUGUAGCCGAUAUAGUUCAGCAAAAUACACAAGUCUGGAUACAAUAGUUUCAGUACAAACUCCAGCAUGGGGGGCCUCCCUCUGGAGCAAACUUCAAAAAAUCUAUAGGAUAUUCAAGUAGAUCCACAAAAUUAAAAUCCAAACAAACUGAUGUAGGAGCUGAUGAUAAAAUCGGUAUAGAGGUGAUCACCAACCUGGGGGAGGUUUGGAGCUCAUAAACGUGUCCAGUAAAAUGCAGGUGGCUAAGGGUCGUCUACGCGUUUCGUCUCUAACAGAGACUUUUUCAGGACUAAUACAUAUCGGGUGCUUACUGGGUAUAUAUACCCAUACUUUGGGAGCGUCUUUAAGUUACAAAUUAAGAUGUCAUAUUGAAAAGAAGAAAUCAUUCUUUGAAAAUUCAAGUAGUCAGUCAAUGCAAUAAUCUCUGCAGGGUUAAUCAUGAUAUAUAGUACAUAUGUAUAACAAACAUGUAGAUAAAAUGGGAUAUAAAAACAAAAAAUCCUUAAUGCAGAAAAUAGACAGUUAUAAAGUAAUCACUGAACCUGCUUUACAGUUAUCAUAUAAUAAAAUGUUAUAAGCAUAAUCCUUAAUGUCACAGUGUCAGAGGAAGAGAUGCAGGGGGAGAAACCCCCAUCUAUACAGGUAUUGCACUGUUCAUUAGAUAAAGAAGUAUAAAUCUUAACAAAGGAACUUGUGUAUGAUAACUAACUAUUGCUCUGCCAGCAUCUUCAGCCAUUGAAGCUCUGCCUCAUACAUAAUGGAGAUGCAAUCCCAAUGGAGCUGAAUCAAUAGAAAAAAUAAGGGGGAGGGAAAAAUAAAUAAUCUAAAAAAUCUGCUCAAUUUCUUCAUUUAACCCCUGUGGAAAAAGAGUGUUAAGUUAGAAAAUCCAAUAUGUUUCUGCAGUGAUUAAAGGACCACUAUAGUGCCCUAAGGGUGCCCCCACCCUCAAGGUCCCCUUCCCACCGGGCUCUAGGGGGUGGAAGGGGUUAAACUUACCUCUUUCUCCAGAGCCGGGCGGGGAACUCUCCUCCUCCUCGGCUGAAUGCGCAUCCAAUGCUUUCCUAUGGAUGCUGGCGUCUUCUCACUGUGAUUUUCACAGUGAGAAGCGCGGAAGCCCUCUAGCGGCUGUCAAUGCGACAGCCACUAGAGGCUGGAUUAACCCUAAUAUAAACAUAGCAGUUUCUCUGAAACUGCUAUGUUUAUAGAAAUAAGGGUUAAUCCUAGCUGGACCUGGCACCCAGACCACUUCAUUAAGCUGAAGUGGUCUGGGUGCCUAUAGUGGUCCUUUAAGGCUUUUUUCCUAUUAUCAGAGUUCGUCUUGACUGGAAUUUGCUGGAUACCCAUUACUGAUAUGUUUGGGGUCACUAUUAUGUACUGCUUGAAAAUGUCGGGCUAUGGGAGAUUUUCUCUCGUUAUGUAAAAUCGCCAGCCUAUGUUCCCUAAAUCUUGCUUUUAAAGUCCUAGUUGUUUGCCCAACGUAAAGUAAACCGCAAGUAGACAACAAAAACCGAAUUACAUAAUAUCCUGGUGUUAAUAGUAAAAUUUGGGUCAUGGGAUGAAGAACCAAAAUCAGAUUGCCCAUGACGUAUGAAUUGGCAUGUCAGAGAGCCACAUCUAAAAUUCCCUAUUCUCGAGUCUGAAAGGGUAUUGGUCGGUUUGGCAGACAUUAGUUUGGAUGGAGCUAGUAAGUUCUUGAGGCUCAUAUUUUUUCUAAAAGUGACCCAGGGGCUCCACAGAGAUACUGAAGUUCAGCCAAGGAUCUAGGCGUAAAAUAGGCCAAUGUUUCUGUAGAAUCCUGAUAAUAUGGUCGUGGGCAUUGUUAAAAACAGUAGUAAAAAUUGGACCUUUAUUCGUAGCAACAUCUUUUGUACUAUAUGAAAAUUGUUGAGCUUCUUACUCUUCAUCAUUGGUGGUUCUGCUUCAGACAACAACAGGUCCUUCGGGGUAUUCUUAUAGGCAACUCAUCAAUCCCCUAAUUGAAUAGAGUAAAUCUAUCUAAAUUUCUAGCUUUGUUGUAGGCGCCAAGGAUUACUCGUGGAUCAAAUUCUUUCUCUAAAAAUCGUUGACAUAAGUCCUUGGCUUCCUCCUCAAAGUCUUCCAGAAAAGUACAAUUUCGGCGCAAUCUUGUAAACUGGCCAUAUGGGAUAUUAUUAAUCCAUGUCGGAUGAUGCCCACUAGUAGCAUGCAAAAACCCAUUCACAUCUACUGAUUUUUUUAUAAGUCUUAGUCACAAUACGGCCAGAUUUACCACAUAACAAAAGGUCCAAAAAUUCCACUUCAGAUUUGUUCUUCUUGCUGGUAAAAGAAAGGCCCCAUUGGUUGGUGUUAAGAUCACUGAUAAAACUGUCAAUAGCAUAAAAGUCACCUCUCCAGAUGAUGAGAAUAUCGUCAAUAAAAAGUUUAUAAAAACUAUAUUAUCCAUCCUUUUAGGGUUAUUAUAAAUAUGAAUUUGCUCCCAAAAUCCCAUAAAAAGGUUGGCAUAAGAAGGUGCAAAGCUUGCCCCCAUCGCUGUACCCUUAGUCUGUAAAUAAAAUUGCCCAUUAAAGCUAAAAUAAUUAUGGGUUAAAAUGAAUGAAACACUCUCUAAGAUCGCUUUGGCCUGAUUGUGUGGAAGUAGUGGAUCUUCAAAACAAGAAAAAUUCAAGUGCCCUGAGUCCCAGGUUAUGGUCAAUGUUGGAAUAUAACAAGAGAAAAUGUUCUUUCUGAAUUAAUAAAAAAUAAUAAAAAGUUGAGCCAUAUGAUUAAUCAAUAUAAAAACGCCAAAUAAAUUGAGGGGGUGAGGGGAGUAAACACACUGCAAACAAAAAAAACAAAGGUGUUUAUCUAUUGGAAAGCUAAUGAGCUGAUGAGUCUUCUCACCCUCUCUGACGCAACACACACAUCGGGGGCUCAGAACGCUCUCUGUGAUUUGAGUCUGAAUUAGAUUAUCAAGACUGUAAUUUUACGGAGGUACCGACAACUAUUUCUCAAUGUUACUAUGGGGUUAGUUUACUCUGUAUGAAUUCUUAGUUACUCAGGGACUUAUAGAUACUUAGCUGUCUGAUUAAGAGUGCAGACAUGGCACUGUAUCAAUAUCUUUAGAGAUUUACUUUUUGUAGCAAUAUUAUAUAGUGGUGAAUUUGCAUUUUGAUACACUAUUCAGUGGCUACAGUGUCUUAGUUCCUUGAGGGCAUGUGCUGAUAGUAAGUUUCCCUACAGUGGCAAUGUAGUGUUUUUUUUAGCUUCACAUCAAUUGUCGAGAUUUUUCUGUUACUCAUUAUUGGUAUUAUUAUUUUUAUUAUUAUUUAUAUAGCGCCAGUGCUGUACAAUGGGUGGACGAACAGACACGUAAUUGUAACCAGACAAAUGGACGCACAGGAACAGAGGGGUUGAGGGUCCUGCUCAAUGAGCUUACAUGCUAGAGGGAGUGGGGUAAAGUGACACAAAGGGUAUACGUAGGGGUAAUGAAAUAUGUUGCUAGAAAAGUAUUCACUGAGAACUUAGUAGGUUUUUUUGACAGUUGCAGGAGAGGAGUAAUGGGGAGGUGGGGGUAAAAGAUCAAAGAUUUUUAAAGGAGUGGAGACUGGGUGAAAGUCUGACAGGGAAUGGAAGGGUGUUCCACAGAGAGGGUGCAGCCUUGGAGAAGUCUUGGAGGUGAGCAUCAGAUGUGGGAAUAUGGACAGAGGAUAGGUGUAGGUCUUCGGCAGAGCGCAGGGGCCUCGACGGGACAUAUUUGUGUAUCAGGGAGGAUAGUUAGCAUAAAGACCAUUGACUUUCUAACAUCAAAACUACAGUGCAUAACUUUUGACUAGCUAACAUUGAGACAAUUGACACAACAGUAGUCUAUGCUUAUAUAAAAAACUUAAACAGUACCUAUGCAAAGUUGAGAUGAUACAUUUGAUGUCUGACUAAUUUACUGAAAGUCAUCUUUUUCUUGUUGCAUCUCUGCUUAUUUACUUAUAACUGGUGUGUGGCUCUUACCUUAUCCUCUAAAUAUGUAAGUAGCCUUUGUCAUCUACUCUCAAUAAAGACAUACAUAACCAAAUUUACAGCAAUGCACUUUUUGGAAUCUGUGACUUGUAAGUACAGAAAUAGCUUAAACCCCUAGUCACGUGGGGCUUUCAAAAGCAGGAGCCAUAGCUAGUGUCCUCCAAAACAACAGGGUAUAUCAAAGAGGUCAUGGCAAUGCUAACACUGGUUUAACCCCUUUUAGGAGUUAAAGGUUACAUACUUGAAAUAAAGGACAUAAAAAACCAAGCCCAUUCUAGACUGUAUUAAACAAUGUUUAACAGUGUGUUUGUCUUUUUGUUCCAGGAACAUAUUUUACAUCAUCUUUUUGUGAUUUCGCAGGUGCAUUAACAUGCUGUGCCAGGACAUUACUUCCUAAAUGAAUGAUGAAAGCGCCGUGAUAGUAACUCUCAACUGCCUUUUUGUUUUACAGAUACCUCAAAACCCAUGAAGGACCUAGAGAAAGAGAAUCACCCGUUAUCUGAAAGCUUUACAGAUGUUUCUGUCUCGGGAACAUUCUUAACCUGCAGCCACAGUCACAUGUCAGGGUCGGCAGUUGCUAGUUCAACUUUAACACUUAGUCAGACAAAGCCUGAACCAAUGACUGUUUUCAAUCGAAAUCCCACACAUCCCUUACUCCACAUUAGCACUUUAUAUGAAGACCUUGAAGAUGGAGUUACUAGUGGGAUGAGAGACAGGGACCACUCUCCUCCUGACCCUGGUGAUAUCAUAACUGUGAUCCCACCAAAAAAAGUAAUAUUAGCCCCCUUUGAGGAGUCUAGGUCAAUGAUAAGCUCAGCUGAUUAUUAACGUCAAAUGCUGUGAGACACCACCGUGUUAACCACUGCAUGAGCAUGGAGAAAUUAUUAUCUCUAAAUAUGCUAGUGAAAGCUUGUAUUCACAACUUUGUCAACACAUAAAGAAUUACCUAAUGGAUCAUCAGUUUAGGCUGCUAUGUAAAGCACAAGCUACUUUAGUUUAUAAUAGAUGAAAUCGGCAAAACAAGGAGGGUCGAAAAUACUAAUACACGUUUCAUUGUAGUCAAAUAGUGUUCUUUGAAAGAGCCAUUGAAGUUUCUUCCUAAUUGUUUUUGCUCUCUUGAAAAUGUAACUCAAGUACCAGUUUAACAGAUACGUAAUAGAUACUUUCACAAAUAUCUAUCUAAAUAUAUGUCAUAGGCACACCCAUGAUACACACUUAUAGAACAUUCCUUUUAAUGUUAUGUUAAAAUGUUGAACUUUUCUGAUGACUGUUCACAAAGAAAAUUAUGGCAGCCACCACAAGAGACUGCUUAGCUUCAGGUAAGUAGAACUUACCUUUCCCUGUACCCCACGACCACCACAAUUUUAGCAGCAAAAUCACCAUUGUGGUUUUUUGCAAAGACCCCAGAAGGUAACAUAGCUGCUUUAAGAGCAAACAAGGUAAUUAGAGGUGAUUGCAGAUAAAUGUAUGAAUACCUCAGUGCAAAAUCUUUCAUGCACCUGUAGCGAAGCAGGAAGGUUUUGUAGCACAAAUUGUUUAUCCUCUAUUAGCAAAAAAGUCUGCUGUCUCACAGCUUUAAUUGUUAUACCGGACAGUGAUCAUUGACUGUUGACUCUUAAUCACCUUUCACAGUGUUUGCAGUUAUCUUAGACAAGUAGCACAACCCUUUACACCAGCAAUAUCUAUAUUUAUCUAGCUGUACCCCCAACCCAAAAGGUGAAGUGUGAAUCAGGACUGGCAGCUACCACCAACGGUAUUAUCACAUGGCCAAAUAUGUUCGUACGUGGGGGCUUUCACACAUUACAUAAGACUAAUAUGCAAAAGGCACAAAGUAUUGAUAACUGGGAUCAGGGAUGGUAUACAUGUCCAUGAAACACUGUAAAAUGGAAAUAGCAAAAUAAAAUCACAAGACCCUGUCCGAGGCAUCACUUCAUGACAUCGAAUCUCUCUAUGACUGUAACUGAGUGUGGUCCAUGUUAUUUUUCUACAUUCUUAUAUAUCUUAAGUUAUUGCUUGUAUGUCUGGUAUUCUUAUCUUACAAUAACAUGCAUUGCCAGACACCAUGAAAAGAAUUUACCUGGUUGCAAUACUGUUCGUACGUCUUGUGGCAUUUUUUACACGUUUAUCAAGGUGCUCAAUGGCUGCAUUGAAUAGACCAUGACUUCACUAACACCAUCCAGUACUUGUCAUGCAGCAAUCUUUUGUUUCAUGUUGAAACUGUAGCCACCAGGAUUCACCGUUUCAAUUAUUUCACAAUACAGAACAUUGUUCUUAAAAUAGGCCUAUAAUAUGAAAUAGAAAUGCUAACUUCAUUUCACAUUCAUAGAACUGGGGUUUUCUCCAUACCUGUCAUCAUGCUGAAAGUGUAGCAACAAGGAUUCGUCAGACCAGGCAAUGGUUUUCCAGUUCUUUAGUGCCCAGUAUUUGUUUUGGCUUCAGCCACAUUAUGCAAUGGUUUAGAAGAAGCCACCAUGAUAACUAAUGGGGAUGGCGUUUAAAAAAAACUGCUGUUUCUAUUCAGUAUUCAACAUUCUUUAGUGGGACAUUUGGCACCAGUGAUGCAUUGAACUAUUAGCUGACUAAUGUUUCAAUGUCAGUUGUUGGACAAAAUAUAUGUCUGACUUUGGAAGGAUGCUCUUUUUGGUGUGGACCAUCGGACACAAACCAAUACAAAAAUGCACUUUGUUAAUCUAUCUCAUGGAAAAAAUAGGUGCUUCUUAGAUUUGAUAGAUAUAAAGAUAAACAGAUAUACAGGUAUACAGUCAUGCUCAUUCUCAUUAUAUCUAACUGCAUUACCUUGCAGACAAAGUUAAGUCACACAUUUGAUUUAGUUACAUAGUAAUAUAGGCUGAAAUAUGACUCAAAUUCAGACUUUACAAUAUCUGUACUACUGCUGAUGGCAAAAUAAACAUUUUAAAGUGAUUUACAGUCUCGCCACAACCUUGACUCCAAAGUGAUAGUCAAAUUUCUCCUUUGAUCAGUGUCACGACUACAGUAGGAGAACCUAAAACACACAGACCCUAAUCUGCUAAAGGAGAGGUAAUGUAUUACUGGACAUUAGAAUGGCUGGAUUUAACGUAAAGAGUAGUCAGGAAGAAAGUCAAGGUCAAAUGUAGGAGAGUACAGCAUAAACGGUAAGACAAGCCAAGGUCAGGAACACAGAAAGUGGAGAAACGAUAAGCAAGCCAAAGUCGGUAACAAGAAAUCCAAAUAUAAUAUAAAGUGCACUCUUGGGUCAACAAGAACCACAACAGAGCAACCAGUAACUGAAAGGGCCUGGCUUAUAAAGCCAGGGAACCAAUCUUAUUGGCCUGCAUCAUAUUAGAGCGCCUAUACAUCCGAAUUCGACCCAAAGCCAAAUUCGGGAGUUUCUUUGUGCAAACACAUCGGUUCGGCACUUUGAGUCGCAUGAUUAUGUAUGUAUUACGCAACUCCAUACAAAUAGAUGCGCAUGCAGAGCGUGCAGCGUCUGACCCGCCGCCGGAUCGGGGAGCUCCGGAACAGGUAAGUAUUACAAUCAGCAAGCUGUUACAUUAACUAUUAUAUCUCUGAAUAUUCCAGACAUUCCAGAAAACUCCAUUCAGACAUUGUUUAACAUUGUACAGAUUCUUAGGCAGAUAAUUCCCCAUCUCUAUUGUUCUUACUAUGAAGAACCAUUUCCUCUCCUGUAGGUGAAAUCUCCUCUCUUCAAGUCUGUUUCUUAUGAGCAUCUAAUGAUUAGUUAUGUCCAGUAUAAAUUAGUUAUGUCAGUAGGGUGCUUAAAAGGCUACAAACUCUAUUUUCCCUAAGGAGAAUCUAUCACUAUAAUAAUUUAGCCUUUUCUCUUUCCUAUUUUAAAUGUAUGUAUAUCGUAAUGAGUUUAGACAUCUAGCAAAUACAAUUCACACGUUUAUGGAUUUGUUUUAGAGAAAUUAGGUAAAGCGUCUGAGUAUAAGCGUGUUGCUGUAUAGCCGUAAUGAACACGUAGCAGUUUACAUAUUUUAUGAAAUCAAGCAGUAUGUUAAGACUGUUGUACAUCAUGCAUAUAAUUGCCCAUAUGAAACAUGAUUUCUCGAGUUUCUGUGCCCAAGGAGGACUUUCCAAAGUCCAACUUGAAAUAUGCAGGUAAUACAGAACAGCAAUGUUUCUACAUAUUUAUGUUGUGUUAGUUAUAGGUCAUACUUUUAUUUUUUAAAAUCACACUCUUGGUGUGUGUUCAUUUAGUAAAAUGCCUGCAGACUAAAGGAAAACUUCAAGUACCAUAACCACUAGAGUGCACCCAUAACUCUCAGCCAAUGAGUUAAGCCAUGCACCAUUGAAUUAGCUUAAAGGGACACUAUAGUCACCAGUGCAAGUACAUGUAUUCCUGACCCUAUAGUGUUAACACCGCCAUCUAGCCCCCCUGGCCCCUCAUGCCUCCAUAAAUAUAGUAAAAAUCUUACUGUAUUCAAGCUUGAAGCUGUAAAUCUGCAUGCUGUUAGACUCAGGAAAAACAAGCAGUCUGCUGACAUGUGAUAGCCUGAUCCAAUCACAGUGCUUCCCCAUAGGAUUGGCUGAGACUGACAAGGAGGCAGAUCAGGGGCAGAGCCAGCAUGAUUCAAACACAGCCCUGGCCAAUCAGCAUAUCCUCAUAGAGAUGAAUUGAAUCAAUGAAUCUCUUUGAGGAAAGUUCAGUGUCUGCAUGCAGUGGGAGGAGAUACUGAAUCACAGGAUGCUCGUGCACAGUGCUGCCCUGUGCUCUGCUGACAGCAGAUCUGAGUGGAUUGAGGCAUAUUAUGCCUCCAUCAACUCCAAAGUCCCUUUGGUUCACUCUGAGUGACUGCAACUGGAGAUGUUCCUAGAUUUCAAUGUAAACACUGUAUUUUCUCAGAAAAUACAGUGUUUACAUGAGAAAGGCUACAGGGAGCUAUAGUUCUCACCUGAACAACCUCAUUAAGCUGAAGUUGUUCAGGUGACUAUAGUGUCCCUUUAAGCAGAGAGCUUCUGGCUGUCAAAGAGGCAGUGACUGUAAGAAGUUAAACAUUGGCCAAUUAUACAUGCUGUAGUGGUCAUGGUGCUUGUAGAAUUCCUUUUAGAUAAUUGAUUGCAAUGGUCUGGGCACUAUAGUAGUAAUGGCUACAAUUAUUAUAUGUUCACCAUGUGUCUAAAAC